UCAGUUUCUCGGAAUGUAUUAGUUUUAUCUUCAGGGUUUUUUUUUCUUCAAAUCGUCAACAUUUUCCAAUCUUGGAUGCUAUCUUCCACCAACAACAUGCCAUCCGCUGUACCUGUGCUACAAAAUCAAAUCAAUCUAGUUGCUAAUACAAAUACUUCAACCAGUAAUGAUUUUCUAAAUAUAUCUAAACUAAAACAAAUUGUCAAAAUAAGGAGAAAAAAGGACACAUUGCAUGAUAAUGACAAUACUUUAAUGAAGAUCCAAUACCAUCUUGUAGAGGAAUACCUAAAUUCAACAAAAUCAACUAUUUUUAGCGAAAUAGAAUCAUCAUUAUCAGAAGUGGGAGAUGGCAUUCAUAACAUUCAAACACUAGCUACAAACAUGAGGAAUGUAAUAAACGGCAAACGUAAUAUAUAUAAAAUUGAUGUAGAGAUUUUAAAAAAUCACCCACAGCUAAAAACUAUCCUUAAUCAGAGUGGUGAUCACUGGUUAACAACUUUUGGAACUGAAAAUUUACAAAACUUAAGUCUCCAAAAUGGACUACUGUCUCCAAAGAAGGAAUUACCUAAAACUCCAGAAGGAUUAGAAAUAGUAACUACUAUUAAAUCAGAUGAAAAAUUUAAUUUACCUCCAUCUGGAACCUUAGUGAGGAAAGAAUUCGAAGUUGGUUCAAAAGCUUGGAUCCAAAAAACAAAUUUACUAGGAACAUGGGAAAAAGGCACAAUUCUAAGAAUAUGUGAAAACAGCACAGAAAAACUGUACAGAGUUCGUUUUGAUAGUAAUAAAUUAAUAAAUCCAAAAUUUUGUAAUGGAAAACAACUAGCUUAUUCGGAACCCUCAGAUGUACUUAUUCCAGUUGGAACAAGAAUUAUUGCAAAAUACACUGAUCAAGUUGUCAGUGCAAUGUAUGCUGGAGUAAUUGCUGAACCACCAAAAACUUCAAACAAUGGAAGGUACCUUAUAUUUUUUGAUGAUGGUUAUGCACAAUAUAUAAGCCAACAUGAUAUAAAUGUUGUUAGAGAACAAAGUGAGGAUGUAUCGGAGGAUGUUCACGAAAAGCUUAGAGAUUUUAUUAAAGGUUAUUUAUCAAAAUAUCCUGAGAGGCCAAUGGUUAAAUUGCAAGUCAAUCAGUUUACUAAGACGGAAUUAAACAGUGAAUGGUGUGAUACAAAAGUUGUUGAAGUUGAUGCUAGUAUGGUUAAAUUAGUAUUCUUAAAAUCUCAAUCAACAGAGUGGGUAUAUAGAGGUUCAACUCGACUACAGCCCUUAUAUAAUGAGCUUACAAAUGCAGCUUCACAUCGCAUGACUGGGAAGCUCAGAAGGCAGAGGGGACUCCCAAGGAAACCUAAUCAGCCAUAUGUUGAAUACACAACAGAGAUUGUGACAAUAUCUGAUUCAGAUUCGGAAGAUGAAACUGAAAACGAGAAACCAAAGACUAAAAAUACAGCUCGUAAAUCUACCGGUGGUAAUCUAACCAAGUAUCUAAAUGAGCGUGUUUCCUCAGAUCUCCUUGUUCCUGGUCGAGUUCGUGACACAGAAUCUCAUUUUGGUAGUAGGAUAAUUAGUCGAUUUAAAAAUGCUCAAAGGAAGGAAUAUGAUAAUCAUAUUUGUAGUCCUGCAUGUGGUGAAUUUGUGGAUCAGGAAGACUUUUUUAACAACAGCCCUCUUUCAAUUCCAGUACGCUGUGGAUGGGAAAGGCAAAUUUGGAAGUUCAAUGAUGAAAGACCUGCAAAUUCAGUUGUAUAUCGCUCAAAAUGUGGAAGGCAGCUACGAAACAUGGAUGAAGUCUAUCAACAUUUAUUGACAACUAAUGCAUCUGUUACUAUUGAUCUUUUUUCAGCUGAUGUUAAUCUUUUGGUAUUUAGAUCAUUUGUACCACAUAAGCCUCUGUAUUGUAAUGAAGAUAUCGCAGAAGGUCAAGAAAAGACUCGUAUUUCUUGCAUAAAUAGCUUAAAUGACCAACCUCCACCUUAUGUUGAAUAUGCUAGUGAAAGAUUUCCUGGGGAAGGUGUUCAUUUAAAUCUAGAUGAAAACUUUUUAUGUUGUUGCAGUUGUACAGAUAAUUGCCAGAAUGCUCUAAAAUGUGAGUGUCAAAGAAUAACAAAUUAUGCUAGAUAUGGCCAGUAUACAGAUGAAGCUCCAUACAAAAAUAGAAGAUUAAAAGAUAAUAUUAUAACUGGAAUUUAUGAAUGUAAUAAAUUAUGUCCUUGCAAUCAACAUUGCACAAAUAAAGUAGCCCAAAAUGGUAUAAAGGUUCGUUUGCAAAUGUUCAAAACUCAGUUCAAAGGUUGGGGUAUAAGAUGUUUGGAUGAUAUUGAUGCUGGAAUGUUUAUUUGUGUUUAUGCUGGACAACUCUUGACUGAACAAGGUGCUGAUGAGGAUGGCAAUCAGUUUGGAGAUGAAUAUUUAGCUGAGCUUGACCACAUAGAAGUUGUAGAAAGGAUCAAAGAAGGCUAUGAAUCGGAUGUUGUAGACAUGGAUGUUGAUUAUGAUCCGGUUAAGGAUUUUAAACAGGAUUACAGUGAUGAAGAACCAGUAAAAAAGAAAAGGAGAGGCAGGAAAGGCAAAUCUACCGGUGGUGCUUCGAAGAACUCCAAAAAGUCAAAUCAGUCAACAAAAGUUGUAAAACAGAUCAAGAAACCACUCACUGAGUCCAGUGACUCUGAGCUCAACAUGUGCAAUGGUUCAGAUUCUGAUUUUGAUUCACCGCUACGCACAACAGCAUCUAGUACAUAUGCUACUAGGAGUACGCGCAGGAGUGCAAAGAGAAAAAACGAUAACCUUCCACCUGUAAAUGGAAAUGCUGAUUCCAGUUCCAGUGUUGAUGUAGAAAAAAUAGAUGAUUCUAAAGAAUUACCUGACAUCAAAACAUCUUUUGAUUCUAUCUCACUUUAUGCUGCUCCUUUAAGUCCAAAAUCUGCAGAAAUUGUAGAAAAAGCAGAAAUAAAGAGGAAACCGAAAUUUUCCGAAGUGAAAAAUCAUGUUGUUAAGAAAUCUUCAAGUGCUAAAAAUUCAUCCCAAUCUGCCCAGACCAAAAAACCUGUCAAGAAUAUGCCAAUACGUGAUUAUUAUAAAGAAGAUGGUGUAUACAUUAUGGAUGCAAAAAGCAAAGGCAAUAUUGGAAGAUACUUAAACCAUAGCUGCAAUCCUAAUGUAUUUGUCCAGAACGUAUUUGUAGAUACUCAUGAUUUAAGGUUUCCUUGGGUAUCUUUUUUUGCUCAAAAUUUUAUUCUUGCUGGAACAGAACUCACUUGGGACUACAACUACGAAGUGGGCAGUGUAACCAAUAAAGUCAUGUACUGCUAUUGUGAUUCUAGUAAUUGUCGUGGACGACUGUUGUAGUAUCAUUCCACCUUUUGAAGCAUCUCAUUUGUAAAAUAUUUUUUCAUUUGUUUAAAAAUUACCCAUUUCCAUUUGCAUCUUUUGUAAGUCUCAAAACUAAUGGGAAUUCCCCCCUCUUUUUUUUUACAAAAUACCUCAUAUAGCUUUGCAAAUACUCAGAAUACAAGAUGUGCCUUAUUAAUGUUGUUUUAGCACUUGAUUUAGAAUAAUGUGUACAUAAAUGUUAAGACUUUUGUAGUUUUUCUUUAACUGUUUGUAAAUGUUGAUAUGUUGUAAUGUCUUGAAUGUUUGUAAUUGUGAUCUGGGUUUAUUUCUUAAUAUCCAUUUUUGUACUUCAUAUGUUUCAGCUUUCUUUUCAAAAUGCAUAGAUUGAGAUAUAUUUUGUUUGUUCUAUUAUAUAAGGGUUUUCUUUUGCAUUGGGGAAAUAUCAUAAUUAUUUUUUAAAGUUUUAAAUUAAACUAAUGGAAUAAAACUGAUUGUCUAAUUAAUCAGCGCUAUUUCGUGAUUUUUUUGGGGAAAGAAAAAACUCAUGAUUUAUCUCUGAGUACUGUCAUGCCCUUGAUGAAAAAACUUUUCACCCAAAAAGCUACUAUACAUUUUGAUGCAAGUAGAUGUAACAAAUAAAAUUUUGAAGAGCAAUAUGUCUUUUUUUUUUGUAUAUUUAUGAACUGCACAGUUUUAAUUACAUUUAAGAGGUAUAUUUUUUAAUGAAUUUAAUCUAUUUCUUGGUACAAGACUCAUGGACUUUAAAAUUGCUAUGCAUACCUGAUACAGAAAUUCUGAAGUCAACCAAGUGCAAAGUAACGUCCAAUUAAUAUUGUGCCCAAAAGGUCUCUGCCCAAACAUUCGACCCAUUCUUCAUCAUUUAUUCAUGUAAUAUGGAGCAAUCCUUGAUGUAUGGUUUGUUUAAUGAAUUGUAAAGGAAUUUCUCAAACAUGUGAUACUGUCUUACGUUUACUUGUCUAUCAUUUACUUUGUUUUGUAAGUGGUGCUAUUUAUUUUCAUUCUCGUACUUUGUAAGUCCUUGAGCUUUCAGCAUUAAAGCAUCAUAAGUACUUUUUUGUGCACUAAAAGUUCUGUUAUUUAUUAUUGUGCAAAAAGGUUUAGGUGAUUGAGUAUGAAAAAUUUGAAGGUGUGCUUUUUUUUUUUUUUUUUUUUUUUGCCCAGUGUGACGUUUAAUGUAAAAUCAAAUACUCAUUGAAAGAGCAUUUGUUUUAAUUGUGAUAUAGCAGCUCUUUUACACUUUUCAUCAUGUACAUAUUUUUUAACACUGCCAAACUGUUACCUGUAAUAAAUUGUAUAAUAUAUAUCUGUUUU